UUGUCAGGGGGAACGUUUACAGUGUAACACCAGAAGCGAGCCCUACUUUCCGCUCGCUCUUGACUGUUUUUAUUUUUGAUAUUUAUUCAUCGCCCUUGUAGAUUUUCUCCACACAACAUGAGUUGUGAAGGGGACGCCGAUGACGCUGGUGCCACUAAACGAUUAGUCGCAUAUAUUUUUAGCCAGGAAUACAUUGAAACUUGCGAUUCUUUAUCCAAAGUGCCGAACCGGGCGAGUAUGGUCCACUCACUGAUAGAAGCUUAUGGACUCCUGAAACAUAUGAGCAUUGUGAAGCCUCGUGUGGCCACCAUAGAGGAUAUGGCUGAGUUCCACUCAGACUUCUACCUGGAGCAUCUUCACAAAAUCAGUCAGGACGGAGACAACGAUGACCCGCACUCGGUUGACUACGGCCUGGGUUACGACUGCCCAGUAGCGGAGGGCAUAUUUGACUAUGCGGCAGCAGUAGGGGGCGCUACACUCACAGCCGCCAAGUGCCUACUGGACCAGGCAUGCGAUGUGGCCAUCAACUGGGCCGGUGGGUGGCACCAUGCGAAGAAGGACCAAGCGUCGGGCUUCUGCUACGUCAACGACGUCGUCUUGGGAAUCCUCAAGCUGAGGGAAAAAUAUGACAGAGUCCUUUACGUCGAUGUGGACUUGCAUCACGGAGACGGUGUGGAGGAAGCCUUCAGCUUCACGUCCAAAGUCAUGACGGUGUCCCUGCACAAGUUCUCUCCAGGGUUCUUCCCAGGCACGGGUGAUGUCACUAAUAUUGGCUUGUGCAAAGGCCGCUGGUAUACGGUUAACGUUCCUCUGGAGGACGGCAUCCGAGACGACCGAUAUUACCAGAUCUUCUCCAGCGUCAUGCCUGACGUGCGCGCUCACUUCAACCCGGACGCCGUGGUGAUGCAACUGGGCGCCGACACCAUGGCAGGCGAUCCCAUGUGCUCGUUUAACAUGACGCCACCGGGGGUGGCCAAGUGCCUGCAGUACGUGCUGCAGUGGCGCCUUCCGACGCUGCUGCUGGGAGGGGGGGGAUACAAUCUGGCCAACACAGCCCGCUGCUGGACCCACCUCACAGCAGUGCUUCUGGGAAAGACCCUCGCUUCCGAAAUACCUGACCACGAGUUUUUUACAGAGUACGGCCCUGACUAUUCCCUAGAAAUCAGUCCGAGCUGCCGACCAGACCGUAACGACGCCAAACAUCUGGACCAGGUCGUGGCCACCAUUAAACGCAAUCUGAAAAAUGUGGUUUAGAAGACAUUAUGGAAGGCAUGCGUUCGUUCAGCCGUCUGCCUUAUAUGGAAUGCAGAAGGUUAUUAGGGGACUUUUGGCACACUGCUAUCUUGAAGAGGGUUGUACACUUCACGUUUGGAUGUGUCUGUUUCUUGUUUUGGUUUUUUUAAUUUUUAUAAAAGUGCAUUUUAAUUACACGGUUGCCUCACUGAAUCCGCAAGUACUUGUUUAGAAUGAGUUCAAACCAACCUGCAGGUUUAUUCCCAUGGAAACAGUACAGCUUUGAGAAUUUUGCACCGCUACUUGUAAAUACUUUUACCCAUGUUAUUGUGUCUUUUGAAACUUUUAAAGUUGACUUGGAACAUG